CUUUUUUUUUUUUUUUUUUUUUUGGAGACAGGGUCUUUCCUCAUAGCCCUGGCUACCCUGAAACUUGCUAUGUAGAUCAGGCUGGCCUCGAACUCACAGAGCUCUACUUCCCUAAGCCUCCACAGUGCUGGGAUUGUUUUAAAGGUGUGCCACCAUGCUGGGGGUUGGAGGGUUCCUCAGUCCCUUUUGCUCCUGGCUGUCUGCAGCCCACACAGACGGUAGUGUGGGAUUUCUGUUCAGAUCCCUGUUCUAGGGUUUCACAUAAAUGCAGUUACUGGGGUGUGCUUUUUUGUCUGUUCCUAUCAGGGUUUGGGUUUUCCCAGCCAUUGGUUCAAUAGCUCCCACAUUGCGUUCUCUCUCUCUCUCUCUCUCUCUCUCUCUCUCUCUCUCUCUCUCCCCCUCCCUUCCCACCUUCCUUCUUUCCUCUCUCUCCUCUCUCUCUCUCUCUCCUCUCUCUCUCUCUCUCUCUCUCUCUCCAUCUUCCUCAAUUUACUCAUAGGUGCAUUGGGCUUUUCACACACUCUGGGAAAGUGGUUCACUGGUCCAGUUAACUUGACACUUACUCCAUCAUCUGACAUUUCUAAGUAACAAAAAUUCAGAACAUAAAAGGAGCAGUGAAUUAAAUGCCAGGCCCCCAUUUGUACUCCUGAUGGAGUCCUAAUGACUGUAGGAUCUUCCCUUCCUGCCACAUGGGGCCUCAAGCAGAUAACAGAGGGCCCGUGAAGAAGAUCUGGGAGGCAGAGGCUGUGCCCUUAACCCCCAGUCCAUUAAGUCAUGACUUAGGCUUCCUCUGUAAAUCCUGAAUGCAUUAGUGGUGACUGGGUUGAGGGUCAAAUGUCAAAUACUCUGCUGUGAUGGGGGAGGACAUCUGUGGCUAAUUAGACCACUAAUUGACAAAACAAGAUGGGGAAGUGCAGGAUCCACUCUCGGCACUGCACCAAUGGGGAGCCAGCUCCCUUCUUCAGGCCUUGUGUGUGCCCUUAUGUGCGCGCGCAUGCGUGCGUGCGUGUGUGCGUGCGUGCGUGAGACACUGAGAAGGUUUAUUUGCAGUAGAGGCAAGGCAUCAUCCUCCAAUUCAUCAUAAGCAGGUUGUAUGGUCUAGCUUUCCUCAUGGGGUCGAAAUGAACCAGGGCCUAGAUGUUUAACAACUCUGUUCAUUGUAUUUCGCCUGCCUGCCUGCCUGCCUGCCUGCCUGCCUGCCUGCCUGCCUGCCUGCCUGCCUGCCUGCCUGCCUGCCUGCCUAUUUUGAGUCAUGGUCUUAGUAUGUAGCCUUGGCUGGCAUGGAGUUCUGUAGACCAGGCUGGUCUUGAACUCACAGAGAUCCUGCCUGUGUUGACUCUAUAGAGCGCUAAGAUUCAAGGCAUGCCACACCACACCCCAUGACUUCAAAUUUAAUCCUUCUGAGAUACAAGUUACACCCACUCAGGUCCAGCCAGCUUUUUUCUCGCCAUGAGCUAAUUUCCUGAAUGACCCCCAAUUUGUAUUAAGAUAACCAAAGGCUUCACUAGGCAUCAAGGUUGUAGGGCAUUUAUCCAUUAAUGCAUUUAUUACAGUUGACAAAUAUUUUCUGAGUAACUGUCGUGUACAAGGGCGCCCUGAUGGAGUCCCCAAAGGUCAAGUAGGUGAUCUUUGCUAGCACAGUCAGUGUAUGGUCUGGCAUGUGCAAAGUUCUGAAUUUGAUCCCCAGCAUGGGAAAAAGGAAGGCCAGCUAUAUGGCAUUGCUUAGCUGAAGUCCAGCAGAACCACAAGGUUCAUAAGCAUUAACUGAAAUAUGUGGUAGGCCUGAGGAGCAGGGGAGGCCUCAGGGAACAGGGAAGCCUCGGGAACAGGUGCCGUUUGAACUCUUCCUUAUCAGGGAGGAGACUCUCGGACAGGCAGAGAUCAAUGAGCUGAGCAAUGUCCCCGUCCCUGUCAUGCUAAUGCCAGAUGACUUCAAAGCUUACAGCAAGAUCAAGGUGGACAAUCAUCUCUUCAAUAAGGAAAACCUCCCCAGCCGCUUCAAGUUCAAGGAAUACUGCCCCAUGGUGUUCCGAAACCUCAGGGAGAGGUUUGGCAUCGAUGACCAGGAUUACCAGAAUUCAGUGACACGCAGUGCGCCCAUCAACAGUGACAGCCAGGGCAGGUGCGGCACACGCUUCCUCACCACCUAUGACCGGCGUUUUGUCAUCAAGACUGUGUCAAGUGAGGAUGUGGCAGAGAUGCACAACAUCCUAAAGAAAUACCACCAGUUCAUAGUGGAGUGUCACGGCAAUACCCUCUUGCCACAGUUCCUGGGCAUGUACCGCCUGACCGUGGACGGUGUGGAAACCUACAUGGUGGUCACCAGGAAUGUAUUCAGUCAUCGGCUUACUGUACAUCGCAAAUAUGACCUCAAGGGUUCCACCGUUGCCAGAGAAGCCAGUGACAAGGAAAAGGCCAAGGACUUGCCCACGUUCAAAGACAAUGACUUCCUCAAUGAAGGGCAGAAGCUACGUGUGGGAGAAGAGAGUAAAAAGAACUUCCUAGAAAAACUGAAGCGGGAUGUGGAGUUCCUGGCCCAGCUGAAGAUCAUGGACUACAGCCUCCUGGUGGGCAUCCACGACGUAGACCGGGCAGAGCAGGAGGAGACGGAGGUGGAAGACCGAGCGGAGGAGGAGGAGUGUGAGAACGAUGGGGUGGGCGGUGGCCUGCUCUGCUCCUACGGCACGCCUCCAGACAGCCCCGGCAACCUCCUGAGCUUCCCCCGGUUCUUUGGCCCAGGAGAGUUCGACCCCUCCGUCGACGUCUAUGCCAUGAAAAGCCAUGAGAGUGCCCCUAAGAAGGAGGUCUAUUUCAUGGCCAUCAUUGACAUCCUUACACCGUAUGACGCUAAGAAGAAAGCUGCACAUGCCGCCAAGACAGUGAAACAUGGGGCAGGGGCUGAGAUCUCCACUGUGAACCCGGAGCAGUACUCAAAACGCUUCAAUGAGUUCAUGUCCAACAUCCUGACGUAGUCGUCUCUACCUUCUGCCAGAGCCAGACUGCUGGACAAGGGGUCGGGGAUCGGGAGAGGGAAAGGGUGUAUUUGGGCUGGAAGGGAGGGCGGGGAGCAGAGUCGGGGCUCAUGAGGGCUUUAGUAAAGGGACUGCAGCCUGUGACCCAAAGCAACUCUAGAAAGGAAGAAGGAGCUGGCUGUUGGCACACGUGCUCACAGCGUGGCAGCCUUACUUCCCCAGCACCCUGGAUGCGCCCCUUUUGUCCCUGGGUUAAAACAAGGUUUCCUCUUUGGUAUCUUUGUAACCCUUUAUGAUCCCUAGGGGCUGGAGUUGACUUUGUGGGUUGAUUUGGGUUUGUUUCUUAAAUUCAUUGCUCCAGGAUCGCUCUUUAUAACGCUGUAUGUCAUCACCCCAGGCACCCUCCCUAUUCUGGUCAGGCUCUCAGUGCCCUUCAAUUAAGGCCAGCACAAGGGACGUGAACAGCACUUGCUCUGACACCAUGAGAGGUCAGACACCUCAGUCAGCGACGUUUUAAUCUCCCCUCGAUGGACUUUUUAUUUUCUGGAGUAUUGUGCAUAAUUCCCUCCAUGUCUCCACCUUGGAUCCAAGUGAAACAUUACAUUGGCUCCUUCAUCCCGUCCUUGCACAGCUGACCCCGACAUCUUGGACCCGAGUCAGAGGCCUCAGAGGGGGAACAUCUCAUCUUCAUGAGAUGGUGAGUGACCAGAAAGCAGCUGGGCCCUCAGACAGCUGGUUCUCAAAGAACCCAGAGAUCACUACCCAAGCCACCCACACCUCUGAGUGAAAUUCUGAUGUCCGUCAAGCCUGCCUCCCACUGGCUCGAGGGGAACUACAAAGCACCAUUGCAUAUAUCGGGACCCCUGUGUUUCGGUGGCUGCCUCCCUUUGGGAAAAUCCCAGAAACUAAUAUCUAUCAACCGGGGCCGUGUGCAUCACCCAUAUCCUAACUACUGACCUCUGGGUGCAGUCACCUGGAGCUGGCAUACGGUUGGUGCAGGAUGCCACUCCAAGCCCCGGCCUCCCCGUGUAGGUGUCUGGCUCCUGUGCCUGUGACUUCUCACCUGGACAGCUUUAGCCAGCAAGGUGCUCCAUCUGAGGUUGCCUGAGUCACCUGAGGAGGUGACCCAGGAAAGCCCAUCUGGAGGCCUGACAUGGGGCUUUGCCUAUCCCCAAGCCUCAGGGCUGACUGACUUUCCUUGUUACUGGCACUCUUGGGAUCUCCCCGAGGUCCUUCUUGGAAAGAGUGACAUCCUGCAGCCUCCUUCAGGAUUCUGGCCCAGGGCCUCAGAAGGGAGCUACACAAGUCAUUCUGAUGCCACCAGAGCAAGUGGUCGCUGGGAAGAAAAAUGGCCUCGUCGGCCUGCUCUUGGGAGAGGUGCAUUCCCUACCUCUUCCCAGCCCCCUCAGAAGGAAUCAGGAAUUUAGGACGAGAUGGAAAUUUUGUAGAUAACCCCAAAGAUGUGAAGCUGGUUUGUGGAACUGUCUUGGGUGAAUAGAUAAUUUCCAAAGCCUGUCCUCCCAAACUGGCCAAGCUCUGCUUGGGGAGCUGGAGUCGCCACUGUGCUGUGUCCUCCCUACCCAACACUGAACUAAGAAAGGAAGCAAGAUGUCAGCUGUGGGCUUCUCUGGGGCUGCCAAUUGGGUGAGGCAGGUGGGGGCCCACUCCUUCCCAAGAAGAAGGUUCUGGGGAGCAGAACCACAGGGGUCUUGGGGAAGGACUCGGAACCACAUGGUUCGUGGAGAAAUGAUUUUAAUGUAGGAGAGGGGUUACGUAGGAAUAAUGUCAGGACUUGAUUUCCCACCUCACAAUCAAGAGUGAAAAAAUCUGGAUCUGCCCCAGGCUUGGGAGCUGACGCUCCUGGCUAAACCUGUUGUGUGUUUGCAGAACCUAGCAGUCCUACCAGCCGUCUAACGGGGUUAACGGUGGGGUUUGUGGGGGUUUCCUUUUGUUGUAUAUUGUUUACAAUUUUGAGAGGUAGCUUUCUGUUUCAAGCGCUUUGUUUUCCUGACAGUAUUGUUGAGUGGAUCAAAAUAUUUGAGCUGUGGUUUGGUGGAUUUUAGGUUUUUUGGGUUUUUUGGUUUUGUUUUGUUUUGUUUUUUAAAGGUCAUUCUCUGCGCUGUCUUCAAAAACCUGGGGUUUGACUCUCUGAUUCCUUUGGCAUUCAUAUAUUUAAAAGCUAUUUAUCCUUGUUUUAUACAAGUUUUCUUUCUCUUUGUGACAAAGAUGUGCUGUUUGGCUUCAAUCUCCACGUGAUUACACCCUCCCCCGAUUCAUCUGUCGCCUCCUUCCUGAGUCCCACCGCUCACUCUGGGCAGCAGGUGUCAAGGGGAAGACAAGACCAUUCACUUGACUCCUCAGGGCCAUGAAGAACAGCCAGACUGUCUUAUGGCAUGCAGAGUCAUGUUGGGUCUUCCAGAAAUAGACAUUUAAGAAUAGAGUCCCAGACAACUGGGUGAGGUCUGGAUGCAGGAAAGGGGGGAAUUCCGUUACCGGCCCUUCACCCUGCCUCUUACUUACUGUGUUGCAUCCCUCCUGUGGGGAUUGUGGGGCUGAGAAAGUAUGUCUCACAUCCAGCUGAUGCAAAGGGUACUACUAUGAAAACUCUGACACCAAGCGAUGGCCUCAGGCCAUGUUCCUAGUCUAACGUUGUCCCUGUUUGGGGGGGGGGGGGUGUGCAGGGCAGCAUGAGGAGUACAGUUCAGUUCCGCUGCAGUGCUAAAUCUCUCCUUAACUAGCUCAGGGGUUACUGGUCUGUGGCUUGCACCAUGAAUGGCCCCCAGGCUGUUCUCAGUGGCACUAUAUUCCCCACCACAGGCAGCUCUUCCUUUCCCUCUCCCCCAUGCUGAAUCACUUUUCUCAGUCCUGGGCUUUAGGCCUAAACAGGUUCCCUAGCAGUGCUCAAGGGAGGAGAGACUGGACUCCUGUCAGAGACUUCCCCUUUUCACAAUGUGCCAGGCCUCCCUGGGGAGGUGGACCAAAGACCCAGGACUUUCUCAGUAGCCAGUCCCUCCAGCCCCCUGUCCCCCACUCCCAAUUGUCUUUUUAACAAUUCAGGUUGAGAGAGAAAAACCAUUAGCUGUUUCUAGUGCUUGACCCACUCAAGUAUUUUGGGCAGAAAGGACAGUGUACUGAGAUAGCCCUCAGAGCUCUGGCCUUGUGGUUUCCCAAGUUUAGAGACCUCACCAGCAGCAAUGGGGGUGGGGGUAGGGGGUUUCAAAGGGAAACACAACUAGACAGCUACCAAAUCUGCCAGCUGUGGUCCCCAUCCUCUGAAAUGUGUCACUUAGGAAGAGUGUUGCCAAGGGGGAAUGAGACUCAGUUGUCCUUCAGGCUGAGUCACCAGGAAGGAGGCUGAGGAGACACCAGAAGAGCCCGUCCCUUGCCCACAGCCAGUUUGCGAGGUGGGAGCCCAUACAUUUAGGGGGAACCCUCUGCUUAGCACAUCUCAGCAGCAGGUCAGAACAUCGCACACACCAAAUGUGAAUGAAAUCUAGAGUCAUCUUUGGGACCGCAGGAUUAAAGUACUACCCACCACAUGUGACUUGUCCAUUUCCGGCUGCAAGUUCCAUUUUUUAAAAUAGGAAUUUUCACCCCUGUGCUUGUCUAAUGUCUGCUCUGAACAGUUUGAGCCUCUGUUACUGUUUUAAAAAUGCAUGCGUGUUAAAAAAGAAUCUCCAAAUGGGAGGACAAAAUAAAACUCGGAAAGCUUUGCGUA